AACCUUCUAUUGUGACACGUUGUAGAACCCUUCUUUGGGUUUACAUUAUUUAAGCAAAUUCACUCUGCCUUUCGGGAAUCAACAUAAGCGGGGGAGGGGUCACUAAUGCAGAAAACAGACAAAUCGAAGGAAUCAACCGCGAUGAAGCGCGACGGGAAAUACCACGACUGUGAGAGCUAUGGCCACACCACUAAGCUACCGGAUUACAAAAAGGAUAUCAGCAUCCCGCGCACAUUGGAUGGAUACUACGCGAAGGCGGGCUCCUGUCCCUGCCCUGCGCGUGCGUCAAAGGGCGAAUCCGUCGAUCCUCACAUAGCGUAUCGUGAGGCCGGCGGCCCUCACACGGUGCACGCAGAGGAUAUUAGCCCUGGCAUGGAGGGCUUUCCAAACCAUCGCAACUACGGCGGCACGGUCGCGAAGCGCGGGGGGGCGGACCUGACGACCACCGCGCUGCCUCUGCGGGCGACAAAGUUGCAGCAGCGUUCGGAGCUGCGGCAGCGAACGAUGCACGAUCGGAAGAACUUUCUAAAGGCGGUGCUGCACGACGAGAUGCUGGCGCGGAUGGAUGCGGAAGGGCAGCGCGACGUGCUCGAGCGGGAGAUCGGGUUGAUGGGGCCAAACCACGUCGAGGAAUAUGAACGUCUCAACGGCGAAGGAACCCUUUCAGGGCGACGACCUCGGAAGGGCAUGAUGGAGCGCGACAUUAACGAGGUGCCCACCGUCGGGGAGCAAUAUGAAGAAGUGAUGGACGAGCUGAGGUAUGUCGCUGGCCAACCUGUCAACUCGAAGCGAAACAUCAUUUGGUUUCAUUACCUUUUAGAAGAAGAGAACCGCAUCAAUGCACUGCGUCGACAGCAAAAGACAAACACAUGGCAAGCUAAAUGCUAA